UCCGCUUUUUCCCCGGCUCGAGUGUGCGCAGUAGAGGCGGAUUAGAGCAGAAAUGACCUGUCGUUUCACUGAGAUGUAGAGCAAUUUUCCAUCUUUUCUUAAAUUUUUCUUGCAGGUAAUGUGUUCGGUCUUUGAGUUUACACCUCAGUACUUACAUUUGGUACGACCUCCAGUUUGUUGGUAGCCGUUAGCCACAUUUGCACAUUCAUUUGUUGCCUGUUUGCUUUCGUCGAUAGCACUUCCGCAUAGAAAACCAUGGCAGGUCCUCAAGAAGAACAGAAAUUCUGCUUACAGGAGGUGCUCGAUACUUUCAAAUUGUGUUUGUCGGAGAAAAAAGACGUCUAUCUUGAACACUACGUCGCUGGGUGGCGUGGUCUUGUAAAGUUUCUGAACAGCUUGGGCAGUGUGUUUGGCUUCAUUUCCAAGGAUGCUGUCAACAAGAUCAAUAUCCUGGUCACUUACCUGCACGGUGAGAACGGGUCUCAGUAUGUCACUGUCCAGUCAAUGGUCAAAUAUGAGCUGGAGAAUCAACUAGUGGACCUGACCAAGAGAGGCAGUCAUCCAGAGUCAGGCUGCCGUACCCUGCUGAGGCUCCACCGGGCACUGAGGUGGCUGGAGCUCUUCCUGGAGCGCCUCCGCACCAGCAGCGAGGACAGCAAGACUUCGGUCAUGUGUUCAGAGGCCUACAAUGAGUCUCUCUCCCAGCACCACCCUUGGGUGGUCCGCAAAGCUGCAGGCAUGGCCUUCUGCGUGCUCCCAGGGCGCCCUGCUUUCUUAGAAGUGAUGAAUGUGGGCCCCCCCGAGCAGGUGGUGGCCAUGCUAGGAGAAGCUGUGCCACUCAUCUCUGAGGUGUACCAGAUCACAGAGGAACUUUACGCUCAGCAAAACCUGCUGGACUUACCAUAGAGAGCCACAAUCGCUAUUAUAUGCCACUUCAUACAUUACACAAUUAAAUAUGAAGGGCUGUCAUGGUGGCUGCUACUCCUGUUUGGUGAUUAAAGGGUUAUUAAUUAAGCAAAAUUCCACUGACUACUCUAUCUAGUACAGUAUUAGCAUUUUUCAUAUAUAUAAGUACUGUUAAUUACUAUAUAUGUGUGUACAAUGGACUUCGUCUUUGUUCAACUUUUCGAGAUGUAUUCGUUUUGAAUUUAAGUAGAUGAAGGGGAACAGUUGGGCCGAGAAGUCUUUGCUCACUGCCAGUAGCUGUUUGUUUAAAUUAUUUAUAUAUAUAUAUAUAUAUAUGAAUCUGCAACUAUUUUGACAAUCGAUUAAUCAUUCAAGUAAUUUUUCUCAAGCAGAAACACUAAAUAUUUGAUGGUUUCAGGUUCUAGAAUGUGCUGCUCUUCUUGGUCUUACUAUGUGAUAGUAAAUUGAAUAUUUUUUUUGGUUUUUGACAGAUUUGGAUAUUAGCAAAUUGAUCAUGAAAACAAUUGUUAGUCACAGCUCUAUUUAGAACUGAUCCCAAUCAUGAUUUUAUGCAUUAGAGAAAUGCUUGUAUGAAAUAAAAGUGUAAUAAUAGGGCCAUUAGGUCAAGCUUUUGAUGCUCUCAUACCAUAUGUCAUUCAAAUAUUGACAGAUUUAUCUAAUACUAGAUUAUCUGAUAUUGGAUGAUACCAGAUAUUGCAUACAUUACUAUAGUCUUUACCGUAAGAGUUUUUAUAGACAGAAAGGUCUAAACAUGGCAACAGUAGGACAUUCAUCUGAAAGAUUCAAAACAAAACUAACAUUACGAGACAGAUGGUGGUGGAACAAUGUGGAUACUUAAAUUAAAAUAAUAAUUAAAAAAAACUAUAAAAAAAAACAACAGUUUAAUAGGCAAACCAUUUUUACCUUUCCUUACUUUAGAAAACAUUUUGUAACUUAUGAAACAAGUUUUUCGUAGUGGAGUUGUUUACCCCACUGUAUAUGAUCUCAGUGCAAUUUUAUUAUUUAUUGUAUCAAUGACAAAGUAUGCUAAUAUUCUUAAUUUGAAGUGAUUGGUGUACUGUUUUACAAGAAUGUACUGAACUGCAUAUUACCAAUAAAACACAAUUCAUAAACUGUAGCUUAAAGAAAACAAAUGUCACUUGGUUGAUGAUUGUGAAUAUUUGUAUUAUGUUAGAGUUGAGGAUUGAUUAUUGAUUACCUGUUGUCUAAGUAAAGUAAAUGAGGACAUACUGUA